CUAUAAAUAUAUAAAGCCAAGUAAAAGAGAACACCCACAUUUCCACCCAGCUACGGACAUGCCUAACAGCUGCCCCCGUCGGUCACCGGCGACGCCCGUUCCGGUGCUUGCCGGGCUGACCGUCAUCAUCUGUCUCUUCUCUUCCGUCAGUCCGGUCAUUGGGUGGCGCCCAUGGCCUAAUCAGCAACCCACCAACAACACCACUGACCUCCUGUUCGGAGGCUCGAAGAAGUACGAGGGCUCGUCCGAGUUCGUUCACCUGAGGUACCACAUGGGCCCCGUCCUCACUGCCAACAUCACCGUUCACACCAUCUGGUACGGGACAUGGCAGAAAUCACAGAAGCGAAUCAUCCGGGGCUUCCUCAACUCCAUCUCCGCCGUCGAUGUCAAAGCCCCGUCCGUGGCCGGGUGGUGGAAGACUGUGCAGCUCUAUACCGAUCAAACCGGAGCGAACAUUUCCCGAACAGUGGUUCUCGGAGAAGAGAAGAACGACCGGUUCUACUCGCACGGAAAGUCGCUCACUCGCCUUUCCAUCCAGUCUGUGAUAAAGAGCGCCGUGACGGCCCGAACGAAGCCCCUCCCUGUAAACCCCAAGAGCGGACUCUACCUCCUGCUCACAUCGGACGACGUGUACAUGCAAGAUUUCUGCGGCCAGGUGUGUGGGUUCCACUACUUCACUUUCCCCUCCAUAGUGGGGUACACGCUACCGUACGCCUGGGUGGGCAACUCCGCCAAGCUCUGUCCCGGCAUCUGCGCCUACCCGUUCGCCGUACCGGUCUACAUGCCGGGUUUCAAACCGAUGAAGUCACCGAACAGUGACGUAGGAGUGGACGGCAUGAUAAGCGUCAUCGCCCACGAGAUUGCGGAGCUAGCAACCAACCCAUUGGUGAACGCGUGGUAUGCAGGGCAGGACCCUUGUUUUCCGACGGAGAUUGCCGAUCUCUGCGAGGGGAUCUAUGGUACGGGCGGCGGUGGGUCCUACACCGGCCAACUCCUGGACGGCCACGAUGGGGCUACGUAUAACAUGAACGGCGUCGGGCGGAGGUUCUUGGUUCAGUGGGUUUGGAACCCUGUGUUGAACUACUGUUCUGGUCCUAAUGCUCUCGAUCAGUAGUAAUACAGUAAUAAUUUGAACUUUGAAAUUUAAACUUUGAACUCUGAAUUCUGAUUCUCUGAACAGAGAGAGGAUGAUUAGAGAGAAUUCGUGAAUUUCUUUCUUUCAUCUGUCUUAUUAUGGGAAUAGAGAGAGAGAGAGAGAGAGAGAGAGCAGUUAGUUAGUUUUAUUAAGUUGUAAUAAACGUGUUUAGAUGAUUGUGUACAAAGAGAAAAGGGGGUUGGUUUGCUUCUUUUGCAGCAAUGGAGAUGUUUUUAGUCUCAUGGUCUGUUACUGUUCCCGCCUUAUUUAAAGUGGGUUGUUGAGCCCUGGAGAAGAUUUUCAUUUCGAAAAUUUUCAAGUUCAAUAGAAGAGAAGAAGAGAAAGAAAGGUACGUAUAGUCGGAAUUAGAUUUUUUUCUUUUUUUUUUUAACUUUAUCGGACAUCGCGUUCGAGUUCUAAAUAAAUACUGUUAAAGUGGCACAUGUUAUUAUGUUAUUGGCACGAGUAUAAAUAAAGUAGCCAUUUGUGCCAUUUCCUAA